GGCGGGUGGACUCUCUCUAUCUAUCUCUCUCUAACCUAUGCUUGACUUGACUCCGUUGCCUGACCGUUGCUCCGACGCGCCCUGAUUUUUCCCGCUACUGUUUUCCAAACGGCCUAGGCCUAACAAAAAAAAAAUCUGACUGACACCUACUAAAUCCGGGCGGGAAAACCUGGAUGGUUCAGGUACCUGGCAGCACCAGCGUUGUAUAAGCUUCCUUAGAGGUCACCGCCUUUGCAACGCCUCAAUCACUCCAACGCGCCACCGGCGGCCGGAAGGGCAGUUUUAGUCCUCCUCCGUUUCGCUUUAUCCAUACUGCACCUGUUUUUUUCCCCCCUCCUUCCCUUGUGCCCGACUACACUGCCACCUGCCUCAUAUCUUUUGUUCUCUAAUACACUCUGUUCCUGUUUUUAUUCUUUGCCCACUUGUUCUUGAUCCUAUCUUUUCCGUCUCAACAUGACACAGAUGUAUAAGAGGCUUUUGGGCGCACACCCUCUCACUUGCUGAGAUGGCUGGCCCUCCAGUUCACCUUUUUCCUCCUCCUUCCCUCUUCCAUCUCUCCUUUCCUCCCUUCUCUCCUCCUUUCUCUGUCCUCCUUUGCUCGUCUGUCAGCUUUCAUCCCAACUCUUCCUCUUCCCCUUUUUUCUUGUUGCAUCAACUUCUGAAUGGACAAAGUAGAGCUGGCUGUUGCUGAACCUACCCGCCAAGGUAUAACAUGGCAAGCCGGUCCUACUACAGUCCAGGACGAGGAGUCAGGGCAGGCGAGGGACCGCCCGGGCACUGGUGUGUCGAGGCGUCGGUCGCUCUCUGCCCAUAGCGUCCGUUCCAGAAGAUCUAUCGAUGCCUCUGCCACCAUCCCAAUCCAGUACCGUACGCUCUCGAUAGACGUACAAGAGGCACAGACUCGGAACAAUGCCGAGAGGAAGAAGGAUGCCGUGACACAAGAUCUCGCGGAUAUUGACUGGCACACGCUGGACAUUGACAUCCUUGCUCGGUCUCUUUCAACCUCAUUGAAGGAUGGAUUGUCUGCUGAGCAGGCCGAGCGCCGCAUCAAACAGCACGGCAAAAACGUGCCAUCCCCUCCAGAGACCCAUCAUUUCAGGGAUAUCAUGGGCUACCUCUUCAAGGGGUUUGGUCCAGUUCUGCUCGUCGGUUCCAUUCUUGUUUUCAUUGCAUGGAGACCACUUGGCGACCCUCCGGCGACUGCCAACCUUGCUCUAGCCAUCGUUUUGCUUGCCGUCUUCUUCAUCCAGGCCGGCUUCAACAUGUGGCAAGACUGGUCUUCGUCUCGCGUCAUGGCCUCCAUCAAGACCAUGUUGCCCGACGAAUGCAUGGUCCUCAGGGACGGCGUGCUCGUCAAUAUGUUCGCCGCUGACAUCGUGCCUGGCGACGUCUUGGUCAUCAAGGCCGGCAACAAGCUUCCCGCGGACGUGCGCUUCUGUGAAGUGUCUUCUGACGCCAAGUUUGAUCGGUCUAUUCUAACAGGCGAGUCGCUUCCUCUGCCGGCAACGGUGGAGACGACAGACGCCAACUACCUUGAGACGCGAUGCAUUGGGCUCCAGGGCACGCACUGCGCCAGCGGGACAUGUCACGGCAUCGUCGUCGCCACGGGGAACAAGACCGUCUUUGGCCGGAUCGCCAAGUUGACCAAUGAGCCCAAGAAGGGAAUGACAACGCUCGAGCGCGAGGUGCUCAACUUUGUAUGGAUCAUCUGCUCCAUCAUGGUGCUCAUGGUUGUCCUCGUCAUCAUCCUCUGGGCCGCUUGGCUACGGAGGGAACACCCGGGUUGGAUCAGCGUCUCUGGUCUGAUCGUCAGCUGCGUGUCUGUCGCUGUUGCAUUUAUUCCGGAAGGCCUGCCUGUAGCCUUGACUGCCAGCUUGACCAUCAGUGCCAACAUGAUGCGCAAGAACAAGGUUUUGUGCAAGUCGCUCAAGACGGUUGAGACGUUGGGUGCUGUCUCGGUCAUUUGUUCCGACAAGACAGGCACGCUUACAGGGAACAAAAUGGUUGUCACCGACUGUGCCCUUGGCGGCCAAACUCAUACGGUCGAAGAAGCCCAUGAGCUCCUCAUGGCAAACCGAAGCAACGACUCAGCAGAGUGUCUAGUAGGUAGUGCUCUGGACCAGCUCCGGACAAUUGCCGCUCUCUGUAACGCCGGAGAGUUCGAUGCCGCCACGCGCAACCUGCCUCUAGAGAACCGACGAAUCAACGGCGACGCCACGGAUCAGGCCAUCCUGCGCUUCGCUGAAACCAUGGGCUCGGCCAUGGCGACACGUCGUUGCUGGCAGACCCGUUUUGACCUGGCAUUCAACAGCAAGAACAAGUUCAUGAUUCGCGUGCUGAGCAGCUCGGACCCCAACGGCCUGGCAGACGCCCUUUCACCUGAUACGGUCUCCGUCUUUGAGCCUGGCGAUCUCCUCUUGACAAUCAAGGGUGCCCCGGACGUCCUGCUCGGCCGCUGCUCCAAGUACGUAGGUAGCAGUGGUGCCACCCUGAAUCUCUCUGACGCUGCCAGGGAUGAAAUUGAACGGGUCAAAAACGAGUGGUCCGCACGGGGGCGCCGCGUGCUACUGCUGGCCCGCAAAGUCCUAUCCAGGGGCUGGGUCAAGAACAGCCCGUCGUCGCCCGCUUUCGAGCGCGAGGCCAUGGAGGUCUCGUCGUCCGGCUUGACACUGGUUGGGCUCGUCGCCAUUGCCGACCCACCGCGUCCCGAGAUCCCCGGCGUCGUAAAAACCCUCAGGGGUGCGGGCAUCCGGAUAUUCAUGGUUACGGGUGACUUUGCCCUCACGGCCCAGGCUAUCGCGCGUGAGUGUGGUAUCAUCACGAAUCCGGACAGUGCCGUCCAUGACGUCUCGGCGCUGUCGCGUGAUGUCAGCGAGAUGAGCAAGGGCGUGAUUAGCGACGACACGCCGCCCGCUAACAAGUCCAUCGUAAUCUCUGGCGCCGACAUGGCGGGCAUGCUGUCGAACCAGUGGGACCAGUUGGCUGCCGAGUUCAGCGAGGUUGUCUUUGCGCGCACGACGCCUGAGCAGAAGCUCCGUAUCGUACGUGAGCUUCAAGCCCGUUCCAACAUCGUGGGCAUGACGGGAGAUGGUGUCAAUGACGCCCCGGCUCUGCGUGCUGCUGAUGUCGGCAUCGCCAUUGGCGGCGGGUCUGACAUUGCCGCCGAGGCCGCCGACAUGGUGCUGCUCGAAUCGUUUGGCAGUGUCGUCGAAGCGGUGCGAUACGGGCGGACGACGUUUGACAACCUGAAAAAGACCAUUGCGUACUUGUUGCCUGCGGGUAGCUUUAGCGAGUUCUGGCCUGUCAUGACCAAUGUUAUGUUUGGACUGCCGCAGAUCCUGAGCAGUUUCUUGAUGAUUAUCAUCUGUUGCUUCACCGAUUGCCUUGCGGGCAUCGCCAUGGCCUACGAAGCUCCCGAAGCCGACGUGCUCAUGCGGCCCCCACGCAAAGUCGGCGUCGACCACCUCGUCGACUGGAAGCUCGUUGUGCACAGCUACGGCGUGGUUGGGCUGAUGGAGACCGUUGUCUCUUUUGCCAUGUCUUACUGGUACUUGGAGCGCCGGGGGAUUGCUUUUUCGAGCCUGUGGUUCGGUUUCGGAAAAGUCCCCGACGGAAUCGACCAGGAUUUUUACAACGACCAGCUGAACGUGGCGAGCUCGAUAUAUUUUGUCACCCUCGUCGUCAUGCAAUGGUUCAACCUUCUCGCCAUGCGGACGCGACGGCUAUCCAUCUUUCAGCACAUGCCCUUCUUUAACAAGGAGACGCAGAACCUCUGGAUCGUGCCCGCUGUCCUCUUCUCGCUCGUAAUGGCGUUCUUCUGGCUGUACAUCCCGCCCCUGCAGGACACGCUCGGUACUACCGCCGUCCCCGUCGAGUACUGGUUUCUGCCAAUGGCCUUUGGCCUUGCGCUGCUGCUUUUGGACGAGGGCCGCAAAUAUGCCGUCAGGGCAUGGCCCAAGGGCUUGGCUGCGAGGAUGGCUUGGUAGGAUUGAUCGGAGAUGGAUCUGAUGCUGUUGUGGAGGACAUGUAGAGAAGACCACCUAGAUGCGUGAGACACUAGACCGGGAGGAUUUUCUUUUAUUCAUGAGUAGCGAGCGGUCAAGCGUUGAUAUUUUUAAUCGAAUUCUGCGAAUAUGGACAACAGAAAAGAAAAAAAAAAACACUCGCAGCGCGACAGGCGGGAUUGAGUGAUCAAGUGCACAUGUGGAGCGAGCCAAUUACUGCGUUCAUUCCUCACUUGAGAAGUGGUGCACGGCUUGACGGGUUUGUUUGUACGAGAAUUCGCUCCUUCCCCGUCCGCCAGACAAUCAACACUGGCCGGUGCUUUCGCACUGUAAUGGC